AUGGCUUCGUCGGCGGCGUACCCCGACGCGGACGAGAACCUGGAGGCCAUCAUCACCCGCAUUGAGCAGAAGUCCCGAAAGAUCGAGACCCUCCUCAAGCAGUAUGCCCCCCCCUUCCCUCUCCUCUCGACCCCUCCCCAGCUUUUGAUUCGCCUGCUCAUUUCUCCGCGGCGUGGGGGCAGGUCGAAGCCGGUGGAGGCCCUGAAGACGGCGCUCGAGGGGUCGCCGCUCAAGACCCGCGACAAGCGAUGCAAGUCGGCGAACUGGAUCGUGGUGCACCGCACGAUGAUGGUGAUCAGGGACGUCGACGGCAUGUUCAACUCCCUGGAUCCCGAGUACUACGACAUCCUCAUGAAGUACCUUUAUAGAGGUUUAUCUACAGGGGAUAGGCCAACAUGUGAUCAGUACCUCAAAAUUCAUGAAAAACUGACUGAGAAGGCAGGCCUAGGCUGUAUAUUGCGGUCCCUUGCUGAUACUGUAAACACUGUAUGA